AUGCCAGUUUUAAUCAUCAAACAUCUUGUCAUCCUCUCUCUAAAUUUUUGGGACCCUAUAGGUCAAACCACUCCUUUGCACUCUGGUUUAACACAGCAUUCAAUAGGAAACUCGUGCCAGACCCUCCUCAGGAAAUAUCCCACUUCCUCUUCGGGUAUUUAUUGGAUUAAUCCAAGUGGUGGAUCUCAGGCCAAUCUUUUCAAGGCUUACUGUGACAUGGAAACUGAUGGAGGAGGUUGGACUCUUGUAUGGAGUUAUUCCUUCACUAACUACAGUCAUUUUAGGCGUAAAUCAAAUGCGAUCACUCCGAGGCCAAAUUGGCCGGUGAGAUCUCAAACGGAUGUUCCUAUCUCCACAACUCCUCCAUUAAAUGAAACAGGCUACAACGCCAUGAACUUUUCACUCUGGAGGCAACUCGGCAGACAGGUCCUCAUCAAAAGCAACAUAAACAAUUGGCUGGUGUGUGAUCCGGGAAGUGGCAGCUUGGUUGAUUGGCAGGAAGGUGACGUCAACUGUACGAUAAUUAAACAGGUGCCGGAUGAUCCGAGUAACACGUUGGUUCCUUCCCUUUUUUUUCCAAACAAGUCGCCCAAAGCUAUGGGCCACUGUUCUCCAUGAGUAGGCCGUGGAACACCGUGUACUACUAUUUUGAUGGCUCUACCAUGAACCAUUUUCCUACCCAUGAUCGUUCCGGAACAAAUUCGCCCAACCAAAUGAGAAAUGUUGUAACUCCACAUGGUAAUAUUCUUAUUCGAGGCUUAUAG